CCCCAUGUCGCGCCUUCUUCGGUGGAAUCUCACCUUUAAUCAACAUUUAUACGGCAAGGUAUACGACCAGUUUGUGCCAGAUCUCACGGAAUUAAAACAUGACGAGUAGAGGACCUCGGGCGCGCUCCUCUAAAUCCACGCCGAAAGCGACAACCUCGUCGCCUACCUUGACAAAUGCCUUCACCCAACGGAAGCUGACGGACUUCAAGAAAAAGGGGAAAAAGAUAGAAAGUGAGACGCGGAAGAGUAACAAACGCAACUUAGCGGAGGCGGUCAAAGAAGUAGUCUUACAGUCGGAGGAACCCGGCGUUAAGGUUGCACGACUGGAACUGCCCUCAGAAAGUGAAGAGAGCGUCCCCAUAGAUCUAAAAACUAUUGAUGCUGAGGACAAUGAGAUACCAGUACUGGAUGCUUCCUCAUUAGACCCAGAAAAUGAGAAUGAGUCCCAUGUGGAGAUACCGGAUCGGAUCCGCUCACUUGUUGCGGACAAGCCAGCAGUACUAGAAAUAUUGAAGGACUUUGACCUCAACUAUAAUUACGGUCCCUGCGUUGGUUUGAGUAGAAUGGAGCGAUGGGAGCGCGCGCAAAAGCUGGAGCUAGACCCACCAGAGGAUAUCAGACUGAUUCUUCUGACACCGGAAGCCAGGCAAGAUGAAGACCUUCGGCAGCCGCUCUGGCAUAAUGACUUAUAGAUGGGACAUCAUCCCAAGAAUGGUAUAAUUCUUGACGUCCUCUUGCGGGACCUUUUACCGAGUCUUGUAAAUAAACCAGUUUUUGAAGCGAA